CCUGAGGUGAAGCACGGUUGGUGAUUGAGUUCAGUGUAUCCCAUUCAGAGUAGCAGUGCGCUCAGUUUAUCGUCUGCCUUUGCCAUCUCAACUCACUUCAUCACGCAAAAGCAAGAGAGCAAGAUGAAGAUCACCGACGUAAGAGCACCCCCCACACACACGGCGGCCACAGACCGUGCGCGCGCAGCAGAAUAGAGCGCUGCCUGCCUGCCUGGGUCUCUUGUUGUGCACGUGCAUCUCACUUCGUCUGCAUCUCACUUCGUCUGUCUUGUCUGUCUCUCUUUCCUGGCUUGUCUGUCUGUCUGUCUGUACGCAUGUGUCCACCGCUCAUGACCAGGCGAUGUGCGAGUUUGAGAAGGCCAACGAGGACAAGGCGUUCUUUUCGUUUGAGUUCUUCCCGCCCAAGACGGAGGCAGGGGUGGCCAACCUGUACGACCGGUUCGACCGGAUGGCGCAGCUCAAUCCCCUGUGGAUUGACGUCACCUGGGGCGCCGGGGGCUCCACGGCACAACGGACGCUGGAGCUCUGCACCAACGCACUCAAGUACCACGGCCUCGAGCCACUCAUGCACCUCACAUGCACCAACAUGCAAAAGGAAAUGCUCGACAGCGCGCUCAAAGAGGUACGUACCUUUGGUGGAUGGAUGGAUGCUGGCUGGCUGGCUGGCUGGCUUAGACAGACAAAGGGAGGGACGGAGAACGAUGGCAUCCACGAGAGGUAUGUGAUAUGUGUGUAUAGUGCGUGGAGCAUGGGAUCACGAACAUCCUAGCGUUGCGCGGCGACCCCCCGAAGGACCAGGAGAGGUGGACGGCCGUCGAGGGGGGACUCGAACACGCUUCGGACCUCGUCGCAUACAUCAGGGUGGGUGGGGGUGGGUUGGGGGCGGAGGGGCGGGCACAGAAGACAGACAGAGAGAGAGAGAGAGAGCGACAGAUAGGCCUUCACACACCCGAGCCGUAGCACCAUCGUCGACACACUGGUGCAUCCAUCUGGUGUGUUGUGUUGCGGUCAAUGGAUGGAUGCAGAAGAACUACGGUGACUUUUUCUGCAUCGCUGUGGCGGCCUACCCAGAGGGACACCUGGAGAACCCUGACAAGGAAAAGGACCUGCAGAUGCUCAAAGUCAAGGUGCGCACAGUACUGAAGUGGCGACGGACAGAUGGAGAGGCGGGGCGUCCUAUGAUCUUCAAUCGGACGCCUGCUACGCAUCUUCUGGGCUGGUUGUGUACGUGUGUUGUGUCUUGUGUUGUGUGUUGCAGCAAGACGCCGGUGCGGAUUUCGCGAUAACGCAGUUGUUCUACGACAACGAGGAGUACUUCGCCUUCCUCGAGAAGGCCAAGGCCAUCGGCGUCACCAUACCCAUACUCCCCGGUCACCCACACAUGGACGCACACCCAGCCAGGGAGAGAAAGAGAGAGAGGGAGGGAGGGAGAGAGAGAGAGAGAGGGAGGGAGGGAGGGAGAGAAAGGACGCUGCACAACACCCAGAUGGCUCAUCUCGGUGUGUGAGGGCUGGCGUGGGUUGGCACGGCAGGCAUCAUGCCCAUCCAGUCGUACCAGGGGUUCAAGAAGAUGACCACAUUCUGCAAGACCAAAGUGCCGCAGCACAUCAUUGUAAGGCUGACCGAACGAGCAAACGACUACAUGCACUCAGACAGACAGACAGUCUAAAUGUCCAUGCGUGUGGCCAUUGAUGUCAGGAUGAUUUGGAGCCGAUCAAGGACGACGACCAGGCCGUCAAGGACUACGGCGUCAAACUCGCCGUCGAGGUAGCUUGCGUACACGCACUCACACCAACACCCACACAUAGGCGCCCGUGUAUGUGUGUGUAGAUGUGUCGGGAGAUAUUGGAUCACGGCGUGAAGGGUCUGCAUUUCUACACGCUCAACCUGGAGACGUCGGUGAUGCGCAUCAUCGAGGGCAUGAUGCUCGUCGACACGCACAUCUCCAACCGGGUCCUUCCAUGGCGACCGGUCAGCCACCCAUCCACCCAUCCAUCCACCAUGGACUUAUCUUUUAUCUAUAUCUACGUGUGUGUGUUGCUGAUGGUUGAAUGCAGUCUGUGCACAAGAAGCGUUCUCGCGAGGACGUGCGGCCGAUCUUCUGGGCCAACCGUCCCCGGUCAUACAUGCAGAGGACCGCCGCGUGGGACGAAUUCCCCAACGGCCGAUGGGGCAACAGAGGUAGGGAGGAAGGGCUGUGUGGAUGGAUGUGCAUAUUGAACGUUUGUGUGGUGUAUUUGGGAAGGGCUUUGACAUGGCGUGACGUGGCGUGGUGUGGUGUGGUGUGCCCUGUCGUUAUGUUGUGUGCAGAUUCGCCUGCCUUUGACUUUGCGGACCACUACAUCAGCAGCAAUGUCGACCCCAACGAGACGGUGGGGGAGUGGGCAGGCAGCUGCAAGAUGGGUCGAUGCAUAGGCUGCUGUGUUUUUCUAUGUGUGGGGGUGGUUCACUCGUCAGUCCAUGACCCACCGUCGCGAGAUGUGGGGCGAGGCACCGAGCUCAGUCGCCGACAUAGCCAAGGUCCCCGUUUCCCUGCACAAGAAACGCAUGCUUUAUUCUACUCUUUCCUCGUUCCUUCCCCGCGUGCCGUGUGGUGUCUGUCGUGUGUGCAGGUGUUUUGUGACUACCUGUCGCCUGCGACCAAGGUGACCCGUCUGCCGUGGUGCAGCGACAUCAUUGGCGACGAGACGUCCAUCAUCCGCAAGCAGCUCAUCCCCCUCAACCGCAACGGGUGCCUCACCGUCAACUCACAGCCCCGCGUCAACGCGGCCAUCUCCAGCGACCCCUACUUCGGAUGGGGACCCAAGAACGGAUUCGUCUUCCAGAAGGUAAGUACUGAGAGAGUGGGGGACUGUCUGGUGAGUCGUGCGGUGUAUGAUGGUACUGACUGUGUUGCAGGCGUACUGCGAGUUCUUCUGUUCGCCCGAGACGCUGGAGAGGAUUCUCAUGGGCAUUGAGGGCGAGAAGUGCCUCUCGUACGCCGCAAUCAACAUCGACGUACGUGCGUGGGCAAGGAACGGAACACAUGAAUACACCGAUGUCUAUCUGUUGGCUGCUUGUUUGGGUGGAUGGGUUGCAGGGCGACAUCCGGACGAACAUGCCUGAGGGGUCCGUCAAUGCCGUCACCUGGGGCGUCUUCCCAUGUACGCACCACAGAAGCCCCCCACACAUGAGCACGGACGGACGGACGGACAGACAGACAUGGCCAUUCACCCGUCCCCCUGCCACCUGCCCUCUCUGUGUGCGCGUCCGUGCAUCUACAGGCGAGGAGGUGAAGCAGCCGACGGUUGUCGAUCUGGUUUCCUUCAUGGCCUGGAAGGACGAGGCCUUCUCACUAUGGUCAGCCAAUGGAUGGAUGGAUGGAUGAAUGGAUGGAACCAAACAACGCGGCAUACGGGUGUGUGCAGGAAGGAGGAGUGGGGGGCCAUCUAUCCCGAGGGCUCGCCGUCACGACAGCUCAUCACGACCGUACGCACGCACACACCACACGACGCGACACACGGCACAUACACAGUUUUGCGCGUCCAAUCUAUGGUCUUCUCUGUGUGUGUCGUCCGUCGAUCCCUCCCUCCCUCCAUCCAUGAAUGAUUCAGAUCCACGACUCCUGGUACCUGGUCAACAUCGUCGACAACAAUUUUGUCUGGUCGGUGGGCUGCCCAGCCACACACACAUUCACUCCACGGACACACGACUACACGUGUAAGUUUGUCUGUCUGUCUGUCUGUUUGCAUGACUGUCUGUUGUGAAUGCAGCGGCGAUUUGUUCGGCAUUUUGGUGGGGAUAACGGGGCGGGCGAAGAUGGGAUCCCCCAAGGCCAACGGAUCCCCCAAGGCCAACGGCACCAUCAACGGCACCGACAACGACGUCACCACUGACGGACUCGUGUGACGGACGAACACGCAGUAGAGAGAGUGUGUGUCGGGAGUGAGACUCGUGUCGAUUUUGCCGCAGACAGAGACCAGACAUCUACCUACUCGUGUGUGAUGCAUGUGUGUACGUGUGUUUAAACGCAUGUGUGCGUGCGUGCGUGUGUGUCGCGUGAACUGACUCUUGCACACGUACGGUUGUUCUCCCCGUCCUCUCCCUCCCUCCCUCCCUCCCUCCCCCUCGCAAUUUCCCCGUGCGCGUGUUUCUUUUGCCAUCCAUGGUCUAUCGCAAGUCGACUGCCUGCCUGCUCGACUGCCUGCCUGCCUGUUUUCUCGCCUCGUCGAUUUGUCCGUCGAUUGUGUAUGUUACAUACACAUCGUGGCACAGCCAGAGGACUGCGUGCAGUGCAGUGCUUAUGUCUGUCUGCCUGCUGCAGGCAGGUCGGCAGGUAGGCAGUCAGCCGCAAAGUAUGUGGCCAGCCAUCUCCAUGAGGGACACGCAUACGUGUACCGUUCCCGUGCGCACAUUCGUUUGUGUGUGUGUGUUCGUGUGGGUGGCUGGGUGGCCUCUGGCGACGCCAGGACUGCAUUACUCGAUGCAACCACUGAGGAGGGAGGGAGGGAGGGAGGGACAGACAGACACCACGUGACCAAUGACCGAAGGAUCACUGACUGUCUAUCUCUUUGCGCGUCGAACCGUUUUGGAGUAUCUACCUGUGUGUCGAUGGAAGGGUAGAUUAUGAUAUGCUCCAGAAACAAAGCUGGAGGGACCGUUGCCGAGACAGUGAGUGGGGGGCGGGGAUGGACGGAUGGAUGGAAAGACGCAGUAUCAGACGCCCCGUCUAUCGAUUUGUCAACUUGAUGUGGCUGCGGAUAAAUGUGGCCACGUGGUGAGCAUGGUAGCUUUCCACCCAUCCAUUCAGGGACGCAAAUAUGCACAAUCGCACAGAUUCGUGAGUCAGAGACAUCACGGCAACCGCCGGGCGGAACAGGUGACUGAGUAACCAAGGCAGACAAGCACGCAUCGUGUGUCGCCCCCCUCCCCCCCCCGCUGCGGGUGAACGGCACAGACAAGGCCAACCACCUGAAAUGAGCGGUGUCUCACUUGUGUGUGUGGAUGCAGGCGCGACGACACAUUUCUGCGGCAGGUCCACUAGAGACUUCGAGACGCGGCCAUGCGGGCGCAAGGACCGUGCGACUGGCGAGUGGGUGGCCAUUCCCGAGAUGGUCGGCAAACUGUGCAACAGAUACAAGGAAUCCACUGGCCCUUUUGGACUACACAG